AACUGUUUCAGCACACAGGUCAUCAGUCUUCAUGUGAGAAGAGGAACGAUUACAUCACAUACACUUGUCUGAAUACAUUAUUUACUGUAAAUCGGGUCCAGUAUGUCUUGCGUAUCUGACAGCUCUAGCCUCAACAAGGCCCUGCGGCAGCAUUAUCUCAGUCUGCCUCAGGGUCACUUCUGUCAGGUCACUUACGUCUGGAUUGAUGGCUCUGGGGAGGGUCUGCGCGCCAAGACUCGAACCAUGGAUUCGGAGCCAAAGAGCAUAGCUGAUCUACCAGAAUGGAACUUUGAUGGUUCCAGCACAGGUCAGUCUGAAGGACGCAACAGCGACAUGCUACUGAUUCCUGUCUGCAUGUUCAGGGACCCCUUCAUUUUGGACCCAAACAAACUGGUCCUGUGUGAAGUGCUCGAGCCCACCAGGGAACCUGCAGAAUCGAAUCAUCGUAACAACUGUAAAAAGGAAAUGGAGAAGGUCAAAGAUCUCCACCCUUGGUUUGGAAUGGAGCAGGAAUAUACUCUCCUAGGUGUGGAUGGACACCCUUAUGGCUGGCCCAGACUAGGCUACCCCAAAAAACAAGGUCCGUAUUACUGCAGUGUUGGUGCUGACAGAGCCUUUGGCAGAGACAUUGUGGAUUGUCAUUAUAAAGCCUGUCUUUAUGCUGGCAUCAAAAUCGGUGGCACUAACGCAGAGGUCAUGCCCUCUCAGUGGGAGUUCCAGGUGGGUCCAUGUGAAGGAAUUGAGAUGGGAGAUCAUCUGUGGAUGGCACGUUUCCUGCUACACAGGGUGUGUGAAGAUUUCGGAGUGGUGGCCACCCUGGAUCCAAAACCCAUGACAGGAGACUGGAACGGAGCCGGUUGCCACAUCAAUGUGAGCACAGUGCAAAUGAGAGAAGAAGGAGGAAUCGAGCAGAUUGAGAAAGCCAUCGAGAAACUGAGUAAGCGACAUGCAGAGCAUAUUCGAGUCUACGACGCACACGGUGGAGAAGAUAACAAGCGUCGCCUCACAGGUCAUCACGAGACCGCCAGCAUCAGUAAUUUCUCAGCAGGUGUUGCUGACCGCGGGGCGAGUGUCCGUAUCCCUCGUCAGGUGGGUCAGGAUAAAUGUGGUUACUUUGAGGACCGCCGUCCUGCCGCUAACUGUGACCCAUAUGCCGUGACCGGCGCAAUUGCCCGCACAUGCAUGCUGGAAGAGGGCAAAGAUGUUCAUGAACUGGAAUAACACACCUUUGGAAACAAGUAAUUUAUUGUGAAUUUAGAGGCAGAGGGCACAUUAACCUGUUAUAUUUGUCUGUAAAUCAUACUCGUUACUCAAAUUAAAUUAAAAUUUU